AUGCGAAGGACACUUAGACAAUUAACAGUGACUGUAGGACCUAUUCUCUUUCAACUUCAGCUGCGGUUCGCUGAGAUUCAAUUUCAGUAUAAAUCAUUAGAGAAUGAAGAAGGAAGUAAUGAAAGCUCUCCUGGAAUGACACUGCCAAUAGCAAUGAAUAGACCAUCAUCAGGAACUACUACACCUAUACCUCAACCACCAUCUAAUAUACCAUCUUAUAUACAACCACAACAAUCAUACUUGAGAGAUAGAAGGCAAUAUGAUGAAGAAGAAAAUGUCACAUAUGCCCCUGAUUAUGAACAAAAUAUCUUAUUUGGAUAUACCAAUUAUGAUGAUGAAACAUUACAGGAAACAUCUUUCUUUGACAAUGCAAAUGAAUUAGAAAGAGGAGGAACCCCAAGUAGAAUACCUCGAAGAGUUACAUUUAAUACAAGUAAUGAUAGGAGAUCUCCAUCUCCUGUUAGGGUAGAAAAUGUUCAACAAUUAGUAGCCUCAACAUUAUCUAGUAAUCAAUCGUCAAGGCCAUCAAAUUUAAGGAUAACGACUCUAUCAGUAAGAAAUACAAAUAGUGAAUCAUCAUUAGGAAAUCCUUAUAAUUUUUCUCAAGCAACUCAAUAUAGUCGUAUAUUUGACCCCUUGGUACCACUUGAUCCUUUCCGAAAUAACAAUUCAUCUAUAACCUUCAGUUUUACAACUGCAAAUUGGCAACCAGUAAAUAACCGUUGGCUUAGAAGUAACUCAAGUAACAGAGGAAAUAAUACAAUGGGACAUCAAAAUGUAAUUACCAAAGGAACCUUACGGUCAAUAACGGUAGCUCAACCAAAUAAUACGCAUCAACCGUCAAAUUAUACAAAUACCUCUCAGCCUAUGCCUACAUCUCAAUCAGUUAUAGUAGCAGUAGGAGGGAACAAUGACAAUGCUUACCUUCAAGUUAUACAAGGACUAGCAGGAUGGCUUCAAGGACAAUAA